AUUGGCUUUCAGGCUGGCGCCUGUCUCUGCCCUCGUUCCAGUUUCAGGCUGGUUGGCGCGGAAUCGAGAGACUCCCGGACCAUGGCGCCUGUGCACGGCGACGACUCUGUGUCAGGUUCAGGGAGCUUUGUAGCUUCUCGAUCCCGGCGAGAAAAGAAAUCAAAGAAAGGGCGCCAGGAAGCUCUAGAAAGACUGAAAAAGGCUAAAGCUGGUGAGAAGUAUAAAUAUGAAGUUGAGGACUUCACAAGUGUUUAUGAAGAAGUUGAUGAAGAACAGUAUUCGAAGCUGGUUCAGGCACGCCAGGAUGAUGACUGGAUUGUGGAUGAUGACGGUGUCGGCUAUGUGGAGGAUGGCCGAGAGAUUUUUGAUGAUGACCUUGAAGAUGAUGCCCUUGAUUCUCAAGAAAUAGGAAACGAUAAUAAAACACGCAACAAAGAAAAGAGGAAUGUAAAGAAGAGUGUGGUGACAAAACCAAACAAUAUCAAGUCAAUGUUCAUUGCUAGUGCUGGGAAGAAAACUGGCGAUAAAGCAAUAGAUUUGUCCAAGGAUGAUCUGCUAGGGGACAUUCUACAAGAUCUGACCACUGAGACCCCUCAAAUAACUCCACCACCUGUAAUAAUACCGAAGAAGAAAAGAUCCAUUGGAGCUUCACUGAAUCCUUUCUCUAUGCACACCCCUAAGGUAGUUCCUACAGGAAAAACUGCUUCCCCUGUCUCAAAGAAGGAGCCUCUGUUAACUCCUAUUCCUCUUCAACGUGCUGAAUUUGCUGGAGAGCCAGCACCAGCAGCAGUGUGUACACACGACAAGAAGGAUUCAGGGGCAAUAGAUUUUGAAGAUGGUGACUUUGAUGAGCCCAUGGAAGCUGAGGAGGUGAAUGUGGAGCCCGUGGCUGCUAAGACCUGUGACCAAGCGAGUGAGCCAGCAGAGGUGGUGAAACCCGAGGCAGAUCUUGGGAAAGGGACCACGCCCUGCUUAGGAGGUUUUCUCCCAGAUGUCUCUUGUUGGGACGUUGAUCAGGAAGAUGACAGCAGUUUCUCAGCCCAGGAAGUUCAAUUGGAUUCCAGUCACCUGCCACUGGUAAAAGGGGCAGAUGAGGAACAAGUGUUUCAGUUUUAUUGGCUGGAUGCUUAUGAAGAUCAGUACAACCAACCAGGUGUGGUAUUUCUGUUUGGCAAAGUUUGGAUCAAAUCUGCUGAAACCUAUGUGAGCUGUUGUGUCAUGGUGAAAAACAUUGAACGAACGCUAUACUUCCUUCCCCGUGAAAUGAAAAUUGAUCUAAAAACAGGGAAAGAAACAGGAACUCCAGUUACAAUGAAGGAUGUUUAUAGUGAAUUUGAUGAGAAAAUAGCAACAAAAUAUAAAAUUAUGAAGUUCAAGUCCAAGAUAGUAGAAAAGAACUAUGCUUUUGAGAUACCUGAUGUUCCAGAAAAAUCUGAAUACUUGGAAGUUAGAUACUCGUCUGAAAUGCCACAGCUUCCUCAGGAUUUGAAAGGAGAAACUUUUUCUCAUGUAUUUGGGACUAACACAUCCAGCUUGGAACUGUUCUUGAUGAACAGAAAGAUCAAAGGACCUUGUUGGCUUGAAGUUAAAAAUCCACAGCUCUUAAAUCAGCCAAUCAGCUGGUGUAAAGUUGAGGCAAUGGCUUUGAAACCAGACCUGGUGAAUGUAAUUAAGGAUGUUGGUCCUCCCCCUCUUGUGGUGAUGUCUUUCAGCAUGAAGACAAUACAAAAUGCAAAGACACAUGAAAAUGAGAUUAUUGCUGUGGCAGCUUUGGUUCAUCAUAGCUUUGCAUUAGAUAAAGCACCGCCACAGCCUCCCUUCCAGUCACACUUCUGUGUUGUGUCUAAACCAAAGGACUGUAUUUUUCCAUAUGCUUUUAGUGAAGAAAUAAAGAAAAAGAAAGUGAAGGUUGAGAUUGCUGCAACUGAGAGAACACUGCUAGGGUUUUUCCUUGCAAAGGUUCACAAAAUUGAUCCUGAUAUCGUUGUGGGUCAUAAUAUUUAUGGAUUUGAACUGGAAGUGUUACUGCAGAGAAUUAAUGUGUGCAAAGUUCCUCACUGGUCCAAGAUAGGUCGACUGAAGCGAUCCAAUAUGCCAAAGCUUGGGGGCAGGAGUGGAUUUGGUGAAAGAAAUGCUACCUGUGGCCGAAUGAUCUGUGAUGUGGAAAUUUCGGCAAAAGAAUUAAUUCGUUGUAAAAGCUACCAUUUGUCUGAACUUGUUCAACAGAUUCUGAAAACUGAAAGGGUUGUAAUCCCCGUGGAAAAUAUACGAAAUAUGUACAGUGAACCUUCUCAUCUGUUGUACCUGUUGGAACACACCUGGAAAGAUGCCAGGUUCAUUUUGCAGAUCUUGUGUGAGCUAAAUGUUCUUCCAUUAGCAUUGCAGAUCACUAACAUCGCUGGGAACAUUAUGUCUAGGACGCUGAUGGGUGGACGAGCUGAGCGUAAUGAGUUCUUGUUGCUUCAUGCAUUUUAUGAAAACAACUAUAUUGUGCCUGACAAGCAGAUUUUCAGGAAGCCUCAGCAAAAACUGGGAGAUGAAGAUGAAGACAUUGAUGGAGAUGUCAAUAAAUACAAGAAAGGACGGAAGAAAGCAGCUUAUGCUGGAGGCUUGGUAUUGGACCCUAAAGUUGGUUUUUAUGAUAAGUUCAUUUUGCUUCUGGACUUCAACAGUUUAUAUCCUUCCAUCAUUCAGGAAUUCAACAUUUGCUUUACAACAGUGCAAAGAGUUGCUUCAGAGACACAAAAGGUUACAGAGGAUGAAGAACAAGAACAGAUCCCCGAGCUGCCAGAUCGAAGCUUAGAAAUGGGCAUUUUGCCCAGAGAGAUCCGGAAACUGGUAGAGCGGAGAAAACAAGUCAAACAGCUAAUGAAGCAGCAAGAUUUAAAUCCAGACCUUGUUCUUCAGUAUGACAUUCGACAGAAGGCUUUGAAGCUCACAGCAAACAGUAUGUACGGCUGCCUGGGAUUUUGCUACAGCAGAUUUUACGCCAAACCACUGGCUGCUUUGGUGACAUACAAAGGAAGGGAGAUUUUGAUGCAUACGAAAGAGAUGGUACAGAAGAUGAAUCUUGAAGUUAUUUAUGGAGAUACAGAUUCAAUAAUGAUAAACACCAAUAGCACCAAUCUGGAAGAAGUAUUUAAAUUGGGAAACAAGGUAAAAAGUGAAGUGAAUAAAUUGUACAAACUGCUUGAAAUCGACAUUGAUGGAAUUUUCAAGUCUCUACUACUGUUGAAGAAAAAGAAAUAUGCUGCUCUGGUUGUAGAACCAACAUCGGAUGGGAAUUACGUCACUAAACAGGAGCUGAAAGGAUUAGAUAUAGUUAGAAGAGAUUGGUGUGAUCUUGCUAAAGAUACUGGAAACUUUGUCAUUGGCCAGAUUCUUUCUGAUCAAAGCCGGGACACUAUAGUGGAAAAUAUUCAAAAGAGGUUAAUAGAAAUUGGAGAAGAUGUGCUAAAUGGCAGUGUCCCAGUGAGCCGGUUUGAAAUUAACAAGGCAUUGACAAAGGAUCCUCAGGAUUACCCUGAUAAAAAAAACCUACCUCACGUACAUGUCGCUCUCUGGUUAAAUUCUCAAGGAGGCAGAAAGGUGAAAGCUGGAGAUACUGUGUCGUAUGUCAUCUGUCAGGAUGGGUCAAACCUCAGUGCGAGUCAGAGGGCCUAUGCACCUGAGCAGCUGCAGAAACAAGACAAUUUAACCAUUGACACCCAAUACUACCUGGCCCAGCAGAUCCACCCAGUUGUGGCUCGGAUCUGUGAGCCGAUAGACGGAAUUGAUGCUGUCCUCAUAGCAACAUGGCUAGGACUUGAUCCCACCCAGUUUAGAGUUCAUCAUUAUCAUAAAGAUGAAGACAAUGAUGUUCUAUUUGGUGGCCCAGCACAGCUCAGCGAUGAAGAGAAAUACAGGGACUGUGAGAGAUUCAAAUGCCCAUGCCCUGCGUGUGGGACUGAGAAUAUUUAUGAUAGUGUCUUCGAGGGUUCGGGAACUGAUCUGGAGCCCAGCUUGUAUCGUUGCAGUAACAUCAACUGUAAAGCUUCACCUAUGAACUUCAUUGUACAGCUGAGCAACAAAUUGAUCUUGGAUAUUAGACGUUGCAUUAAGAAAUACUAUGAGGGCUGGUUGAUUUGUGAGGAGCCAACCUGUCGAAAUCGAAUUCGACACCUUCCCCUUCAGUUUUCCCGAAAUGGACCUCUAUGCCAAGUCUGCAUGAAAGCUACACUUCGACCAGAGUAUUCUGACAAGUCCCUGUACACCCAGCUGUGCUUUUACCGGUACAUUUUUGAUGUGGACUGUGCACUGGAGAAACUUACUACCGAUCAUGAGAAAGAGAAAAUGAAGAAGCAGUAUAUUAACAAUGAAGUUCGUAAGAACUACAGAAAUCUCAAGAACAUAACAGAGCAGUUCUUGUCCCAAAGUGGCUACACCGAAGUGAACCUCAGCAAGCUCUUUGUGGACUGUGCUGUGAGGUCCUGAGGGCACUCCAGAAGUGGCCAUGGCGGGAGUGGUUGAAUGAAGAACCAAAGCCACUUCCUGGCACCUCCAUCACCUCCCUGGGGUCCUAACCGUUUCUCUGCUUCACUUUUCCACGUGGACUGCAUCUCAUGUUCACGUGCAUGUGGCUCGGGAAGGGGGUCAUUAAAGAAACUGAAAGAAUAUUUCCUCUACCAAGCAUCAGGGAAAAUGCAAACAGCCUUCCUCUUGCAAAAAAUGUACCACAUACUAUUGAAGAGCUAGCUGCUUUGGAUUCGGAUUCAGGACUGAAUUUUGAGGGAAGGGGUCAGUGAGAGAAGAGAAAUUAAUUGAGAGUGACCCCAAGCUGUGCCCCCAGGGCUUCAGCAGAGGUGCCCCCAGAAAGAGAGCUUUAGGGAGGCUGGUAGGAGCACUAACAUUUUGCCUUUUCACAUGCCAAUUAAACCCAGGCUCAAUCCAAGCGCUUCCCAGCCGCUGGCUGCAGGAGUGGCUGUCCUUUUCAGCCUUGUCUUUUAUAUACUAGUCGAAGGGGGGCGAUUGAGAAGCCCUGCACUCACUAAAUAGAUUAAACAGAGCUUACUUGUUUAUUGAACUGCUCCAAAGUCCAACACACACACACGCACAUGCACACUGGGCAGGUGUUUUACGCUCACAUUCCUGCUUUCCGUCUUAAGUAGAAAAUCCAAGUAAAGGUUUAUGCAGUGGGAAAGCACAUUUAAAAUACUUUGGUAUCCCAUAACAUUUCAUUAAAAAUGUGUCGAGUUUGGGGCGAGGAUCCUUGUGUGAUAUUCAGAGGGUUGGGUAAUUGCCUCUGGUGCUAUUUUUCUCAUUUGUUCUUUGCCAGAAGCUAAACGUACUUCGAUAUAGCAGUCUUUCCUUACAUUAUUGAUAAGUUUAUACUAACAAAAUAUAUUUCCCCUGUACAACUGUGCUUUAUUUUUAAAACUAUUUUCCUAUGUGGUGGUUGUUUUUUUUUUUUUUUAAUAAAUACGUUGUGCUUUAUUUUUUCACUUAAGAAUAAAGUUUUCUGAGGGAAACCAGUUGCAGUGAAUCCUUAUCAGGAACAAAACGUUGACUAGAGGGGGCAGUAAGGAAUAAGGGGUCCCCUUCCCAAACCUCAGCCUGGUUAGCAUCAGCUCAGAGAAGCUCCAUGUGAUAUAUGUCCUAAAGUCCUGAGUGACGUUCGGGAGAAUUUCUCUGGACUUCGGGUCCUUUAAGAG